AUGUUGCUGCAUUUUGUGAAUUGUGGCUUUGCCGGUAAUACUGGACACGAUCCUCAUGUGUUAUAUACACUAAGUGCUCAUUUAACUUCUCGUCAAUGUGAAAAGAAAUUAACUCGGUUAAUCGCUUAUGGUAGAUACAAUUAUGUUUUUCUAAAUUCCAAAAAACCAGAUGUUGCAGAGUUGCAGAAUGAAGAUGGAUCCUUCUCAGGAGAUAUGUGGGGAGAAGUAGAUACUAGGUUUUCGUACAUAGCCAUAUGCUGUCUCUCGAUAUUGAAAUGUCUUGAUAAGAUCAAUGUGUAGAAGGCUGUUGAUUACAUUGUGAGCUGCAAAAACCAGGAUGGUGGUUUUGGGUGCACACCAGGAGCGGAGUCUCAUGCUGGACAGAUUUUCUGUUGCGUGGGUGCUCUUGCUAUCACCGGGAAUCUCCAUCAUGUUGAUAAGGGCUUACUUGGAUGGUGGUUAUGUGAAAGACAAGACGACAAGUCUGGAGGUUUAAAUGGACGACCUAAGAAAGACCCUGAUGUUUGCUAUUCGUGGUGGGUCUUAUCCAGCUUAAUCAUGAUCGAUAGAGUUCACUGGAUCAAGAAAGGAAAGCUUGUCAAGUUCAUCUUGGACUGUCAGGACAUAGAUAACGGAGGCAUCUCAGAUGGACCCAACAAUGCUGUUGAUAUCUUCCACAACUUUGGAGUUGCAGGGCUCUCUCUUCUCGAGUAUCCUGGAGUCAAACCAAUUGAUCCUGCCUACGCUUUACCUGUCCAUAUUAUCAACCGGAUUCUCUUCUCCAAAUGAUUCUUCAUUAGAAUUCAGAUGUCGGGUAGUAGGCAUUAGAAAUAGAUAAAUUUUGGUUUGGUUUCCUGCUCUGAUAUUCUGGUUCAGUUCGGGUUAGACAUAUGCCGCAUAUCUUUACUAUUACUUGUAAUCACAAACCCAUUUACAAUCUCAAACCAAGAUCAUGAACGUGGCACUAUUCUCAUCUACACUAGUGUUUCCAUUAAAGCUCUGAAUCCAUCUAAAAUGAUGCGGAUUCAACUCCAA